AUGAGAGCCUAUUGGUCAAAUUGCAGCCCAAUUGCAUCAGAAAAUGCCAAUGAUUUGGAAAUGUCAAUACCAUGGCAUGACUACCAAGAACAGCAGCAGCAGCAGCAGCAGCAGCAGAGUGGAGCCAGUCAGAGCCUAGAAAAUGAGCUGUGUGCACUUCAGUGGAAUGAUUCUGAACAUCAGGAUCCCAGUGCUGGCAGGGCAGAGCCAAGUAAUGUGGUAGCCACUGGGAACCAGGUGGCAUUCUUCUGUGAAGUACCCGUGGUGGCCAAGGAAUAUCGUCUCUACAAUGAAGGAAGUCAAGAUUACCUGACACCAACAACCAUUUUAGAAACUGAGAACAAGGCCAUAUUUUCUAUCUCAUCUGUUCAAUGGUACAAUGCAGGGCAAUAUUGGUGUGGAUAUACAAGCUCCCAUGGCCCAUCUGAACACAGUGACACUCUGGAGCUGGUGGUGACAGGUGUUUACUCCAGGAAAGUCACACUGUCAACCCUUGCCAGUCCUUUGGUGACCUCAGGACAGAAUGUCACUCUUCAGUGUGUGUCACAACAGGCAUAUAACAGAUUCAUUCUACUGAAGGAAGAUCAGAUGUUCUCCAGUGCUGUGUCCUCACCGAACAUAAACCAUGGGCUCUCAGGAGCUCGUUUCAGAGUGGGUCCUGUGACCCCUGACCAGAGGUGGAGGCUCACAUGCUAUGGAUAUUACCUGAAUAACCACCAGGUGUGGUCAGUGAGCAGUAAUGACAUACAGCUCCUGGUCUCAGGAAGUUCUGUUACCAUCUGGUGUGGGGGUCCACUACAAGCCCUUACAUAUGUGAUCCAUAAAGAGGGAAGCCCAGAAGCCAGACACAUAGAGACCCAAGUAGACCACAAUAACAAGGCAAAAGUCUCUAUCCCAUCUGUGUCUAGCCUGAAUGCAGGGAGAUAUAACUGUUUCUCUUACAGCUCUGAUGGCUGGACAGAGCACAGUGACAUAGUGGAACUGGUGGUGACAGGUGUCCAUGAUGGCAAACCUACUCUGUCAGCUUUGCCCAGCCCUGUGGUGACCUCAGUUGGGAAUGUGACCCUUCAGUACUCAGAGCCCCAGGAUCACACAGUGGAGAACCUCAUUCGAAUGGGCCUAUCUGGCUUGAUCCUCACAGUUCUCGCAAUUUUGCUCUUUUAUGACUGCCGCA